GCACCAAGUACCACCAGAACAGCACCAAGUACCACCACAACAGCACCAAGUACCACCACAACAGCACCAAGCACCACCACAACAGCAUCAAAUACCACCACAACAGCACCAGGUACCACCACAACAGCAUUAAGUACCACCACAACAGCACCAAGCACCACCACAACAGCAUCAAGUACCACCACAACAGCACCAAGUACCACCACAACAGCACCAAGCACCACCACAACAGCAUCAAGUACCACCACAACAGCACCAAGUACCACCACAACAGCACCAAGCACCACCACAACAGCACCAAGUACCACCACAACAGAACCAGGUACCACCACAACAGCAUCAAGUACCACCACAACAGCACCAGGUACCACCACAACAGCACCAGGUACCACCACAACAGCAUCAAGUACCACCACAACAGCACCAAGCACCACUACAACAGCAUCAAGUACCACCACAACAGGAUCAAGCACCACCACUGCAGCACCAAGCACCACCACAACAGCACCAGGUACCACGACAACAGCAUCAAGUACCACCACAACAGCACCAGGUACCACCACAACAGCAUCAAGUACCACCACAACAGCACCAAGCACCUACCACCACAACAGCACCAGGUACCACCACUGCAGCACCACGUACCGCCACAACAGCACCAAGUACCACCACAACAGCACCAAUCACCACAACAGCCCUAAGCACCACCACUGCAGCAUCAACACCACCACAGCAGCACCAGGUACCGCCACAAAAGCACCAGGUACCACCAAAUCAGCACCAAGUACCACCACAACAGCACCAAGCACCACCACAGCAGCAUCAAGUACCACCACAACAACACCAAGCACCACCACUGCAGGAACAAGAACCACCACAACAUACCACCACAACAGCACCAGGUACCACCACUGCAGCACCACGUACCGCCACAACAGCACCAAGUACCACCACAACAGCACCAAGCACCACAACAGCCCUAAGCACCACCACUGCAGCAUCAAGUACCACAACAGCAGUGCCAAGUACCAACACAAAAGCACCAAGCACCACCACAGCAGCGCCAGGUACCGCCACAAAAGCACCAGGUACCACCAAAUCAGCACCAAGUACCACCACAACUGCAGCACAAGGCACCACAACAGCAUCAAGUACCACCACUGCAGCACCACGUACCGCCACAACAGCACCAAGUACCACCACAACAGCACCAAUCACCACAACAGCCCUAAGCACCACCACUGCAGCAUCAAGUACCACAACAGCAGCGCCAAGUACCACCACAAAAGCACCAAGCACCACCACAGCAGCACCAGGUACCGCCACAAAAGCACCAGCACCACCACUGCAGGAACAAGAACCACCACAACAGCACCAAGUACCACCACAACAGAACCAAGUACCACCACAACAGCACCAAGUACCACCACAACAGCACCAAGUACCACCACAACAGCACCAAGCACCACCACAACAGCAUCAAGUACCACCACAACAGCACCAGGUACCACCACAACAGCAUUAAGUACCACCACAACAGCGCCAAGCACCACCACAACAGCAUCAAGUACCACCACAACAGCACCAAGUACCACCACAACAGCACCAAGCACCACCACAACAGCAUCAAGUACCGCCACAACAGCACCAAGUACCACCACAACAGCACCAAGCACCACCACAACAGCACCAAGUACCACCACAACAGCACCAGGUACCACCACAACAGCACCAGGUACCACCACAACAGCAUCAAGUACCACCACAAAAGCACCAAGCACCACUACAACAGCAUCAAGUACCACCACAACAGGAUCAAGCACCACCACUGCAGCACCAAGCACCACCACAACAGCAUCAAGUACCACCACAACAGCACCAAGCACCACCACUGCAGGAACAAGAACCACCACAACAGCACCAAGUACCACCACAACAGAACCAAGUACCACCACAACAGCACCAACAACAGCACCAAGCACCACCACAACAGCAUCAAGUACAACCACAACAGCACCAGGUACCACCACAACAGCAUUAAGUACCACCACAACAGCACCAAGUACCACCACAACAGAACCAGGUACCACCACAACAGCAUCAAGUACCACCACAACAGCACCAGGUACCACCACAACAGCACCAGGUACCACCACAACAGCACCAGGUACCACCACAACAGCAUCAAGUACCACCACAACAGCACCAAGCACAACUACAACAGCAUCAAGUACCACCACAACAGCACCAGGUACCACGACAACAGCAUCAAGUACCACCACAAAAGCACCAGGUACCACCACAACAGCAUCAAGUACCACCACAACAGCACCAAGCACCACCACAACAGCACCAAGCACCACCACAACAGCAUCAAGUACCACCACAACAGCACCAGGUACCACCACUGCAGCACCACGUACCGCCACAACAGCACCAAGUACCACCACAACAGCACCAAUCACCACAACAGCCCUAAGCACCACCACUGCAGCAUCAAGUACCACAACAGCAGCGCCAAGUACCACCACAAAAGCACCAAGCACCACCACAGCAGCACCAGGUACCGCCACAAAAGCACCAGGUACCACCAAAUCAGCACCAAGUACCACCACAACAGCACCAAGCACCACCACAGCAGCAUCAAGUACCACCACAACAGCACCAAGCACCACCACUGCAGGAACAAGAACCACCACAACAGCACCAAGUACCACCACAACAGAACCAAGUACCACCACAACAGCACCAAGUACCACCAGAACAGCACCAAGUACCACCACAACAGCACCAAGCACCACCACAACAGCAUCAAGUACCACCACAACAGCACCAGGUACCACCACAACAGCAUUAAGUACCACCACAACAGCGCCAAGCACCACCACAACAGCAUCAAGUACCACCACAACAGCACCAAGUACCACCACAACAGCACCAAGCACCACCACAACAGCAUCAAGUACCGCCACAACAGCACCAAGUACCACCACAACAGCACCAAGCACCACCACAACAGCACCAAGUACCACCACAACAGCACCAGGUACCACCACAACAGCACCAGGUACCACCACAACAGCAUCAAGUACCACCACAAAAGCACCAAGCACCACUACAACAGCAUCAAGUACCACCACAACAGGAUCAAGCACCACCACUGCAGCACCAAGCACCACCACAACAGCAUCAAGUACCACCACAACAGCACCAAGCACCACCACUGCAGGAACAAGAACCACCACAACAGCACCAAGUACCACCACAACAGAACCAAGUACCACCACAACAGCACCAAGUACCACCAGAACAGCACCAAGUACCACCACAACAGCACCAAGUACCACCACAACAGCACCAAGCACCACCACAACAGCAUCAAGUACAACCACAACAGCACCAGGUACCACCACAACAGCAUUAAGUACCACCACAACAGCACCAGGUACCACCACAACAGCAUCAAGUACCACCACAACAGCACCAAGCACCACUACAACAGCAUCAAGUACCACCAGAACAGGAUCAAGCACCACCACUGCAGCACCAAGCACCACCACAACAACCACAACAGCAUCAAGUACCACCACAACAGGAUCAAGCACCACCACUGCAGCAUCAACAUCAAGUACCACCACAACAGGAUCAAGCACCACCACUGCAGCACCAAGCACCACCACAACAGCACACCACAACAGCCCUAAGCACCACCACUGCAGCAUCAAGUACCACAACAGCAGUGCCAAGUACAACCACAAAAGCACCAAGCACCACCACAGCAGCGCCAGGUACCGCCACAAAAGCACCAGUACCACCACAACAGCACCACGCACCACCACUGCAGGAACAAGAACCACCACAACAGCACCAAGUACCACCACAACAGAACCAAGUACCACCACAACAGCACCAAGUACCACCACAACAGCACCAAGUACCACCACAACAGCACCAAGUACCACCACAACAGCACCAAGCACCACCACAACAGCAUCAAGUACCGCCACAACAGCACCAAGCACUGCUACAACAGCAUCAAGUACCACCCACCACCACAACAGCACCAAGCUCCACCAUGACAGCAUCAAGUACCACAACAGCAGUGUCAAGGACCUCUACAACAGUACCACCACAAAAGCACAAAGCACCACCAGUGCAGCAUCAAGUACCACCAUAACAGCACCAAGUACCACCACAACAGAACCAAGCACCACCACAACACACCACCACAACAGCACCAAGCUCCACCAUGACAGCAUCAAGUACCACAACAGCAGUGUCAAGGACCUCUACAACAGCAACAAGCACCACCACAAAAGCACCAAGCACCACCACAACAGCAUCAGCACCAAGCUCCACCAUGACAGCAUCAAGUACCACAACAGCAGUGUCAAGGACCUCUACAACAGCAACAAGCACCACCACAAAAGCACCAAGCACCACCACAACAGCAUCAGCACAAAGUACCACCACAGCAGCACCAAGUACCACCACAACAGCAGCACAAGGCACCACAACAGCAGCAAGUAUGAUCACAACAGCACCAAGUACCACCACAACAGCACCAAGCACCACAACAGCCCUAAGCACCACCACUGCAGCAUCAAGUACCACAACAGCAGCGCCAAGUACCACCACAAAAGCACCAAGCACCACCACAGCAGCACCAGACAAAAAUAG